AUGGAGUCUGAGCGUCGCAAUGGGCUGAAGCGGAACUCUGCCCGGCAGGAGAGUUAUAGUCGCCCGGUGGAACGGAGGCUCAGUAAAAACUCCUCUUCUAGGGAUCGUCAUGGGGUUGUGUAUCCUGACAGUUUUCAAGAUGCUACAAUCCGAGCGGUAACCCCCGACACCCCGACCGAUCAAACGAAUAGUUUCCCCAUAUCCAACACAGAGUACCUUGCCAGGAGCGAGACAACGUCUCCCCGCACAACCAUUCACAGUAAACCUCCAGAUCCCAAGCGAGACUUCACUACCCCUUUCUCUUCUACCGGCGAGGGGGAUGACAUCCCUUCUGAACAGAGAAGUCGAAGGUUACGGUCAAAGACUACGACUCUGGAAGAUCAGAGAAGUGAGGUAUCUCCCAAUUUCCUCUCAAGAACGCGGAACAGAUUAGGCUCCCUCAACACGACUUCACCACCAAGCACCAAAUCUCAAGAAGAUUCUGUUGGAUCCAUUGGCUUUCCCUCUAUUAUCCAGUCACCCACCCAACGACAACAGAAAUUGAUCAAGGCGCCUCUUGGAGGAGGGUCGUUAAUGUCGAACAUUUCCCGCAUUGAUGCCGUACUAGGUUCCCCAUUGAUAAACACGGAUUCUUCGAAAAUACUUCAAUUAAUGAAGACAACUUGCGGCAGAAUGCACGGAAUUCUAUAUUUCCGCACAGAUCCUGUGGGCCCUUGGACUUCAGGGUAUUGUGCCAUCAAUGUCGCUACUGGAAGCUUGAUUUAUCAAGCUAAAGGAGAACCAGCGCUUGCAAAGACCUUGAUACCAGAUCUACGUGGCUGCCAUGUUCGGACUCUGUACGACUCGGAAACCCAGAGCGCGUAUUUUACCGUGACGACACAUUCAUCCACCUUAGGCAUUCAGUUACGCCCCCAAGUCAACGAAACGUUCGAUUCUUGGCUCGCGGCCCUACUCUGUUGGCAGCCCAUUCGACCAAAGGGUGUAAAGGAUAAGAUGACCAAACCGCAGAAUUUUACGAUUGGUGAACGUCGCUGUACGGACCGUCGAAGAAAUUCCGAAAGCACCAUGCAAAAAGAUGCUGCUAUAAUCAAGGUAGGGAAAAUGCUUCUCUGGGACAAGUCUAGUGCGGCCGGAGUUUAUCUCCCUACAUCUUCUGCAAGGAUAUCGACAUACAAGCAGCAGAGGAUGUUAUCUUCAUCAUGGCGAAGAGUGAGCUGCUCUUUACAAGAAAAUGGUCAUGUUAAAAUUUUCCCGGAAACGGAUAUUACGCCUAUUCACUUUGUGCAGCUCUCUCAACUUUCUCGUUGUGCUAUUCAAAAGUUAGACCCUUCCGUUCUUGAAGACGAAUACUGCAUCGCCAUCUACCCGCAAUACACUGCCCAUGCCGGGGCUGAAGUCACAUCUCGACCCAUAUACUUGUCUUUCGAGUUCCGCAUUCUCUUCGAAGUCUGGUUUGUUCUAUUCAGAGCGUUUACAAUACCAGAGCUCUACGGUCCAGAGCAGCUUCCAGCGAACGACGAGACUUCUCGAGCUCAAUCUGUACCUUCACCUCACCCAACGGCUCUCACCGACAUGUUCCGGAUCGAACGACUCUUGACAGUUCGAGUAAUCGAGGCCAAGAUGACCUCAACAGCUGUCAAGGAUGAAAAUGAGAGCUCGAAGAACAAAAAGAUAGUUAAAAACCAAUCAGGUACUGGGAAAUUUUUGCAUAAAAACUCGGUUUCUGGUGAAUAUUACGCUGAGGUGUUACUUGAUGGGGAAAUAAGAGCCAAAACUGCCGUCAGAUCUGCCACCUCCACGCCGUUUUGGAGGGAAGAUUUCAGCUUCCACGAUCUUCCGCCAGUCCUGUCUAGCGCAUCACUUAUUGUGAAGUCACCUACCCCUGCGCAGAAGGAUUGGACACUCGUCACCCAUGGACCUUAUUCGCUCAACCAAGGAGAAGUCAAUCCAAUGACAGUUGGAGACGUUGAGGUUGCUUCACAUGACGCUACCUACGGUAAAAUCUACUUGCGAUUAGAAGAACUAGAUACAUCGGCAGGAGUUGAGAAGUGGUGGCCUAUUCUUGACGAAAAGGAUCAGCAGGUUGGGGAAAUGCUAAUGAAGGUCCAACUUGACGAAACUGUCGUGCUGAUGUCGCAGGACUACGCAGCGAUGUCUGAACUUUUACAUUCGUUUCCGAAUGGUCUUACAAUCCAUCUUGCUCAGGUUGUCCCCGCUGAGCUGCGACCGUUAUCGGAAACACUCCUGGAUAUAUUCCAAGUGUCAGGUCAAGCUGGGGAGUGGAUCAUGGCGCUGGUCGAGGACGAGAUAGAUGGUAUUCAUAAAGAGUCAUCGACUAGCCGGCUAAGAUACACCAACCGCAUCCAUUCAAAUGACUCCUAUGAAUCCGGACAGGAGCGGGAAGUCCUGGUUCGUGACUUGGGUAGAUCAGCCACUGUCGAGGCGAACUUGCUUUUCAGAGGCAACUCGCUUUUAACGAAGGCGUUGGAUUUGCAUAUGCGUCGACUGGGCCAGGAGUAUCUGGAGGAAACGAUUGGCUCAAAGCUUAGGGAUAUCGAUGAGAGCGAUCCGGAUUGCGAAAUUGAUCCUAAUAGGGUACAGCGGUCUGAGGAUCUGGAACGGAAUUGGAGGAAUCUUAUCAUUUUGACGAGUAGCGUGUGGACGUCGAUUGCUGCUUCCCCCUCACGAUGUCCUCCGGAUUUGAGACAUAUUUUCCGACAUAUCAGGGCCUGUGCGGAAGACCGGUAUGGUGACUUUCUCCGAUCAGUUACCUAUAGUUCCGUUUCCGGUUUCCUUUUCUUGCGAUUCUUUUGUCCGGCAAUUCUAAAUCCUAAGCUGUUUGGACUGCUUAAAGAACACCCUCGACCGCGUGCUCAACGUACCCUUACUCUCAUUGCUAAGGCACUUCAAGGAUUAGCUAACAUGACGACUUUUGGCAACAAAGAACCCUGGAUGGAGCCAAUGAACAAAUUCCUAAUCUCUCACCGGGUUGAGUUUAAAAAUUUUGUCGAUUCGAUCUGCUCCAUACCAGCUGAGCGCCCGACCCAGAUCGUCAACCCGUCAUAUGCAACGCCCAUUCAGAUCCUAGGUCGUCUACCCUCCACCUCGCGCGAGGGCUUCCCAAGCCUACCAUUCCUCAUCGACCAUGCGAGAAGCUUUGCCAUGCUCGUAAAAUUAUGGCUCGACCUAGUGCCGAAGGAUUUUACCGAGCUUCAAGAUCUCGAUCCAACUCUCCUCAAGUUCCAUCAACUCUGCGUGGCUCUGAACCAACGUACAAAGGAUUGCCUGAACAGAGCCGAACAGGCAGAACGGCCAAGCAGCAAUCUGGAAUUGAAGUGGGAAGAGCUUGUCGAGCAGAUGGAGAAGUCCUCGACGUUUUACGAGGAAAGCUCCAGCAAGGCGGGAACCCCCAGCAUUGAAACUGCAAUAACCCCUGGCGGCAGCUCAACCACUAUAGCGAGCAGUAAGCGGAACUCGAUGAGCUAUUUUCCUCGACCACCUUUCCAACACCAGUCUACGGAUGUCAGUCUAAGCGACGAUAUGGAUGAUGAUGCCCCGUCAAGCUCCGCGUCAGCGACAUGGGAACAUGGUCGGCUCCCGUUUUACUCUUCAGUUUCCUCUCACCAGCAACUACUGCAGCAGCACCAGUAUCCGCAGAAAUUUGCGGAACCCCGUGAGAGCGCGGAAAGCUCGAAAAAUUCUUCGACGUAUUCGCUUGAGUAUCCAGAGACGGCUGCAAAUGCUAAGGGGAGACAGGCCAGCUUGUCCAGGGAUCCGACGAGUAAAUAUCGACUUUUCGAUUUCUCGAGGAGGGGUAAGGGGAAAGAUAAGGAAGGGUCUGCUGGGUCUGUUUCCGGGCCUGGAUCUGGGUCGCAGACUAGAGAUACAAGGGAGGCUGGGCCACGCAAUGAAUUUUGA